AUGGCUCGACCAGGACACCUGAUUUUGCUGGCCGCGGCUGCGCUCCUAGGACUCAGAUAUUGCUUCUUGGCCAGCCCUGAGCAGCUUCCAAAGGCCAAGUCGGGCGUAGACUUCAAUCCGGCGGUGGCGGCCUCCGCGGCCCUUCCGGCGCUCACCAUGCUGGCGGAGGACGCUGAGGCCAAGUAUGGUGACAACCGCAAGUGGCCCGCCGUCCUGGUGCCGUUGACCACCUUGGUCUUCCCUAUCACCGCCUUUGGCGUCUUUGUCCUCUACUCCUUUACCGAGGAUGCCUUCUGGCGAUCCCCUGCCAACCCUGGCACGCCCAAAGCCAAAGCAGCGGAGAAGGCCUGGAGAGAGCAUCCUUUGUUCGCCGACAUCAAGGAUCCCAUGUUCGGCCUCCUGAACCCUGAUGAUUACGAGAAAGGCUUGGAAGAGGCCUGGGAGCGUGCAAAGCCUGCGGGCAGCACCGUGACCGUGAAGGAGAAGUUGGCGAAGCUCUCGAAGCAGAACGCGCCACACUGGGAGACUUGGAACAAGGUUUCCUCCGCCUAG